AUGUCCGUCGAAGGCGUCAGGGAUAAGAACGGAGAAACUAUUCACGAAGAUGAUUUUGUCUUCACUAGAUACCGCGGAGGUUCUCACCAAGGAAAGGUCGAGAAAAUUGUCACGGAUGAGGCCGGAGCAAGGGAAGAGGGCGUAGCAAAUCCUCCCAAAGUUAUUUAUACAGACCAACACGGACACCGGGUUGCGCAUAAUCCGAGCACGCUGGAUAAGUCGGAGUCAAGUGAUUAG